AUGACCGAGACGAGGCAAAACUCGACCGCACCCCCGCGCGCCACCCUGACGCGGUGGCUGUGCGUCGCCGUCUUCCUCCUCCUCUCGGGUAAAUCGACCGCCCUCGAGAUCGCGGGACACGGAGGCAGCGCUUCGUGGACCCAGAUUGGCGCCACGUUAACGGACGACGGGGGAGGCAAACACGGAGCGAUCUUGUCUUUUUCCGAGGAUGGCUCGCGCCUGCUCGUCGGCUCGAACUUUUAUCCUUAUCACGUCGAUGUGUACGAGUGGCAAUCCGGCUCAAGCGCAUGGACACCUCUCGGCUCCAGGAUCUCCCCGCCGCAAGGAUUUAUCCAGAGCGCGUGUCUUUCAGGCGAUGGCAAGGUGGUAGCAAUCAGCGAUUACGACAAUGACGGCAUCGUCGGUUGGUGGACCGUCACCGUGUAUCACUACGCAUCCGGCUCUUGGCAACGGGUCGGUUCCGAUAUCCUCGGGUCUUCGUCCGAGGGAUAUGUCGCCAAAGUUUCGCUCUCGAGUGACGGCAAGGUGUUGGCGAUCGGAAACAACGAUCAAACUCUUUCUUCCUACGAUUCGACUGCUUUCAACGCGACGAGGACGGGCCGAGUCCGAAUUUACCAGUGGCCCGCAAGCGACCUGACAGCAUCCGGUGUAGCGUGGACCCAGAUGGGUGAAACGAUCGAAGCGUGGUCGACGGUCUCAGGGACUACCGAUGACUUUAGUUUCGGUCCAUACAGCCGAAAGGUCUACGCGGACACCGGGACGCUCUCCGGCGACGGCAAACGCAUCGCCGUGUUCACACCCGACGGAUAUUCCCAAAAUGGUUACGUCUACGAGUGGAAAUCGUCGUCGUGGUCGGUCGUCGGAGACUCGAUAACUCUGAGCUUGGCGGAAUCCACGGUUUCGGCGGCCUCGGUUUCGUACGACGGAAACGUCGUGGCGGGCUCGUACGGAUAUGUGUACAAAUGGAGUUCUGGAGCAUGGAGCAGCAUUCGGACUACAUUUUCAUUUUUCGGCAGGACAGCGGUGUCCCUCUCGCGUGACGGUACCCGCGUCGCGUAUGGUGACUAUCCAUGGAAUUCAUUCGAGGGCGUCGUCGUGGUGCAUCAAUGGGACUCGGAAGCUGAAUCGUGGCGGCGCAUGGUUGAUAUCCCGGGGGAAUCCGCAUCUCAUUUAGCCGGUGCAAUGGUAUCCCUUUCCGGGGAUGGUUCUCGCGUGGCGGUGUUCUCUGCCGGAAAUGCUGCGAAGCACACGAGAGUUUUCGAGGUUGGCACCGCGUGCGACACGUCCGUCGCUCCUCCCAACGCCGCCGUCGGCAACUGCCCCGCGAAUCUCGCGUCCGGCUCGAGCUGCCAGCCGACGUGCAAUUCGGGCUACGCCGCGACAGGCCCGACGACGACCUGCGUGUCGGGGUACCUGAAAUUCGCCACCUGUGCCGCGGGAUGCGACGUCUCAACCGCGCCAGCCAACGGCGGGAAGGGCGAUUGCGGUUACCGUCUCGCCAUGUCAAAGUCGUGCACUCCGACGUGCAACGACGGGUACGUGCGCAAAGGGAACAAGAAGACGAGCUGCAGCUACGCCGGUGUCCUCAGUGCGGCCGAGUGCAGGAAGAGGUACUCCUGGGGAGAUGCCAAGUUCUGCCCGAAAUACGAAAACUAUAUGUUCUGCCAGCUCGUCAAGACGGAGGCGGAUUGUCUCGCGGCGAGUUCGAAGAGAAACUGUGCGUGGUCGUCGUCCGGGUCCGGAUAUUGCUACCAUGACGACGCCGAACGCUCUGAAAUGACGGAUGAAUCGUAUUUUCAGGAUUUUGCGGCUGACAAGUGCUUAAAUGUGAGCCCCUAUACGCGUGACGCGUGCGUCGCCGUUUCAGGUUGUGAUUGGUUUGAAGUUUAUAAUUGCGAACCGUCGAAGGAGAGCAUCAAAAAGAUCUUGUCCGACACCGGCGCCCCUCCCGGCGUGAGCAAGUAUUGGGACGAGUAUUGGCAUGAUGCGUGCUGGUACCUCACGAAUUCGACGUGCACCACGAGCACGACUGUCACCGGAUGCGUCCUCGAUAAUGACAAUUACUGCAGACCCGGCCCUGCGAAAACUGCAGUUUACGGCGCCGACGGUUGCGCCGGCCACGCCGACUUCGAGGCGGUCGCCGCGCUGGGGGGCACGACCGUCGCCGAGGCGCGCGACAAGUUCAAGGUCAAGUCCGCCAAGGAACAGGCGGAGGAGACUCGGGACUCUAUCCUCGCCGGCAUCACCGACGAGUCCCUGAAGAGGAAAGCUAAGCUCCUGGCGGACGCGGCCAUCGGUGGGAACGCGGUCAAGAAGCUCACCGCGAAGCUGACAGCCCCGGACGCGGACACGGCGUGCUCAGAUUACUAUGCAAAGGCAGGACUCUCAAGCUCACUCGGCGCGUGCGUCGCGACGGCGGCCGCCAGCGGGAAAAGGCGGCGGCUCGCCGCCGCCGCGUACGACGUCGAAGUAUUCUUCAGCUCCGCCGAGGUCGACGACGACAAGCUCACGAAGGCCAGGGACGCGCUCAAGGCGGCGGGCAUCGAGGCGACGCUCGACGAGAACGUGGAUCCCAUCGCGGAGCUCAAGACGAUAAAUGGCGUCGACGCGAGCGCCGUCGACACGUUCAAGACGCAGUCGACGGCUGCGGCCGCCGCCGUGGAGAAGUCGCCGCCGCCGCCGCCGCCGCCCCCUAACCCUCCCCCGCCGCCGAAGCUGGUCACGGACGACACCGACGCGACGCCGAGGUUGGGAGCGGGAAGCGCGGCGUUCGCGAGCGCGUGCGCGUUCCUGACCGUCGCGAUGUUCGCGUGA